CCCGACAAAAGUAAAAAAAAGAGAGAAACGCCAGAUAUUUAAUUGACGAAUAAGAAAACUUGUUUUGUUCAACACCAUUCUCUCAUCCUUCAAUCUACAGAAACAUAUCAAAAGAUCAAUACUGUCGAUCACGGCGUUCACGAACCUCUACUUUUUUUGACCAAAGAAAACCACACACAAACAUCAAUAUCAAAUCUCAAAUUAAUACACACAAUGUCGUCAAGGAUCCUCGCCCGCACCCUGCGCGCCAGCACCACCUCUCCCGUCACGCUGCGAAGAAGCAUGGCCACGACGCCCCAGCUCAGGCAUAAGGAGACGUCCCACCACGACGAGAACCACGGCGAGGACGUGUCCCGCCACAAGGAGGACCUGCUCAACAAGCACAAGAACAACUCGGCCAACUGGAAGUCGGAGCUGGCUUCCAACAGCGAGGAGGCCGUUAAGGCCGACCGUGAUGAGCACGGCAGCAUCAAGGACCUCCAAGAGAAGACGAAGGGUCGGGCGGAGCAGGACAAGAAGGCCUAAAUCGAUCACACUUAAUAGCGAAUUGGAGUUGGAUGGGGUUCUAAUCAUGUUGCGUGCGGACAGAGCAAGGAACACGUGGAAAAGGGACGAGAAAGAGAGAGUACAUGCGUUGACCGGAGUUUUACCUUUUUUUGUUGUUGUUAGUCUUGCAUGAUCAUCAUGGCGUUUUCAGAUGAGUAAAAAGAAAGGGUUUCAUGGCACCAACGGACACAGGAGAAGCAUUUACCCGUCCUUUCGUUUGAGUCCGCUACAUGCC